UUCCAUUUAUUAUUAUCUUUUCUAUAGUUAAAUAACAAUUUAGUACUAAUAUAUCGAAUUAGAUCUCUUUGCUCAGAUUUCUAAUUAAAUGCCAGUACCAAACUUCAAUGCAGUAUGCAAAGUACAAAUCGUAAGGAUUAAAUGUGGUACAUCUACAUAUACAUAUAUCUAAAAUUGUUCCCGAUAAAAUUGUAUACCACACUUAUCAUUAGACGUAGGUGGUAGUAAUUUGAUGCGUAAGAUAUGUACGUAAUGUAAGAACAGCGUGAGCGACGUGAUGUCUGCUGAGAAUAGCAGGCUAAUGUUUGUUUCGAUAUAGAGCUUCGUACAACGUACAACGAGUUUAAUAGCUGUGCGGACUCCAAACGAACAACAUGUAUCGAAGGAUUGCUGUAAUUCUUGUCCUUUGUUACCUGAGUUUCUCACCAACUUGUCAAGCCAUCGAUAUCGAUGAUUGUGGCUCGAAAGUGGGAAAAUUUACGUCUGUAACUCUGGAUUGUGAUAUGAAUAAAUCUGUAUGUGAUUUAAUACCAAAUACAAAUGUAACAAUUAAUAUCGAUUUUACAAUUGAUAAAGAUGUUUCAAAAGUUAGUGCAGUUGUGCAUGGUAUUGUGAUGGAUGUUCCUAUACCUUUUCCAUUGCCAAAUGCAGAUGCUUGUCAAGCUCCUGAUUCUGGCAUUAAAUGUCCCUUAAAGAAGGGUGAUGCCGCAUUUCGCUAUAAAAAUACGUUACAGGUGCUAAAAUCCUAUCCAAAGGUCAGUGUUACUGUAAAGUGGCAACUCAAAGAUGAGAACAAUGAAGAUAUUAUUUGCAUAUUAAUUCCAGCACGAAUCAAAUAGGUAAUAUUAAUCCAGAAUCUAUUGUAAUUCUAGUUUUAAAGAAAAUAUACACAUUACAAAAGUUGUAUGAAAUAUAUAUAAAAUAUAAGAGUAAAACAUUUAAUUUUAUGUGUUUUGUAAUUUGAAUUAUCUUAAUAUACACGAUAAAAAGAAGUUUCAUACAACUUUUAUUGAAAUUAGAACAUUGGCAACGUAAAAAUAUAAUAACAUAUUGUAGCAACAAAAAGCAAAUGUAUAUUUUUUAAAUACAUAAUGUGCUACAAACUUAAAUGCCAAAUAAAUAAAAAGUAAGGUUAGUAGUGGGGAUUUAUGUUAAGCAAAUUGUUUAAAACCUGUGUGUUGUUAUAAAUUAGUUUAAAAAGAAAAAUGUUUAAAUCUGUAAUAUUUUGUUUGUCUAGAUAAAUAAUUGUUUUAUCUAAUACAAAGAUAAUCAUAUUGCAAUAAAUUUUUAAUUUCUAUGUAUUA